AUGGCGCAGAGCAGUCAACAACUCGAUGUGCAGGUACUCCAUGAUCUCCGACAACGUUUCCCUGAGAUACCUGAAGGAGUGGUAUCUCAGUGCAUGCUUCAGAACAACAACAACCUGGAUGCCUGUUGUCGAGCCCUUGCACAAGAGAGCAACAAAUACUUAUAUAUGGAGUACCAUAGCCCUGAUGACACCAGAAUGAAUAGAAAUAGCCUUUUGCACAUUAAUCUGGGUAUUCAUCCUCAUACCAGCUAUCAUGCAGGGGAUGGAGCUCAACUUAAUGGUGGUCGUACACUGGUACACAGUUCAAGCGAUGGACAUAUUGAUCCACAACGCACAGCAGGUAAACAGCUGAUAUGCUUAGUUCAAGAACCACAUUCUGCUCCUGCUGUUGUGGCAGCUUCUCCUAGUUACAAUCCAUUUUUCAUGAAUGACCAGAAUAGAAAUGCAGCUACUCCUCCUCCACAGCCAUCUUCCAUACAACCAGGAAUGAACACGUCUGCUAUGCAAGGCCCUCCUCCCACAUAUAUGCACAUACCUCGGUACAGUACAAAUCCCAUUACUGUUACAGUAUCACAGAACCUCCCCUCUGGACAGAGUGUACCCAGAGCUCUACAAAUUCUUCCACAGAUUCCAAGCAAUCCUUAUGGGACUCCUGGGUCUAUUUAUAUAAGACAAACAUCUCAAAGUUCUUCAGGACGACAGACUCCUCAGAAUACACAGUGGCAUUCAUCGCCACAGGGCCCAGUUCCACAUUAUACUCCCCGUCCUCUACCUGUGUAUCCGCAUCAACAGAACUACCAACCUUCUCAGUAUUCUCCUAAACAACCCCAGAUCCCUCAGUCAGCUUUUCGAUCACCACCGGCAUCCCAGUGUCCUUCUCCCUUUGGGUCUCCUCAGCACCAAGUUCAGCCUCCUCAGUUGGGUCAUCAGAGUUCACAUGUUUUCAUGCCUCCUAGUCCUUCAACUGUUCCACCCCAUCCGUAUCAGCAAGCAUCCCAGACUUUUCAAAAACAAGGCGUAUCAUAUCUUCCUCCUUUUGCUGGACCUAGUUUAUCCAAAGGUUCCAUGAAUAAAAUAGAAAUUACAGUUGAGCCACCACAAAGACCUGGGACUGCAAUGAACAGAAGUCCUUCACCAAUAAGUAAUCAACCAUCUCAACGAAACCAGCACCAGCUGUAUACAGCCACUACUCCUCCUUCAAGCUCUCCAUCAAGAGGUAUGUCAGGUCAGCCCAAACCUCCAUUUAGUGUUAAUCCAGUAUAUAUUACCUACACUCAACCAACUGGACCUACAGGUGCACCAACACAGUCUCCUCGGGUAAUGGUAUCUCAGCCAAACCCAACCAUUUUUAAAAUCACAGUAGGUCGAGCACCGACUGAGAAUCUUUUAAAUUUAGUGGACCAAGAAGAGCGUUCUGCAGCACCAGAACCUAUUCAGCCUAUUUCUGUAAUCCCAGGAUCUGGAGGAGAAAAAGGGAGCCAUAAGUAUCAGAGAAGUUCUAGUUCUGGAUCAGAUGACUACGCUUACACUCAAGCCUUGUUGUUACAUCAACGAGCAAGGAUGGAGAGAUUAGCAAAGGAACUGAAGAUUGAGAAAGAAGAGCUUGAACGCCUGAAAGCCGAAGUCAAUGGUAUGGAGCAUGAUCUAAUGCAGAGGCGGCUUCGGAGGGUUAGCUGUACAACUGCAAUUCCAACACCUGAGGAAAUGACCAGAUUGAGAAGCCUCAACAGACAGCUCCAGAUAAAUGUUGACUGUACACUGAAAGAAGUUGAUCUCCUUCAAUCUAGAGGGAACUUUGAUCCGAAAGCCACAUGUAACUUCUAUGAUAACAUAGAGCCUGGUCCUGUUGUGCCACCAAAGCCAUAUAAAAAGGAGCACCAAAACAGCUCCAAACAGACUCCACGGACUCAGCCAAGAGAUGAAGACUUUGAAGGAGCUCCAUGGAAUUGUGAUAGCUGCACCUUUCUAAAUCACCCAGCACUGAAUCGCUGUGAGCAGUGUGAAAUGCCACGAUACACCUGAAAAUCAGGAAGGGCUGCAUUGAGUUGAAAACAGGCUCUCAAGCCAACAGCUGUAGAAGAAGAAGGAAACAUGGGGAACCUUUUAGUCCAUCUGCCCAGCCUUUGCCAGUCAAGUCUUCAUAUUGCAAGGGGUGGAAUAAUGCAUUAAGAUGUUUCUGCUUGUGCUACACUACAACUAAAUAAAUUAAGGGUGAAACUAUUUCUUACCCCAUUGCAGUGAGCAAAGCAGAAAAUGAAACCUGAAAAUGUAAAAGGAUUAAUAUUGGGAAGAAUGUAUACAGGAAAGCAAAUAACUACCGGUGUUUAGUCCUGUGGUUAUACUUACUGCUUAGUGGCUCUGAAAAAAA